GUUUGCAACACGUGGAGACCUCAACAAAAUGGUGUUGAAGAAAGUGGACAAUCGCAUCAGAGUUUUGAUUGAAAAUGGCGUCCAGAAGAAGCAGCGAUCACUGUUUGUUAUUGUGGGUGAUAAAGGAAGAGAUCAAGUUGUCAUUCUCCAUCACAUGCUAUCCAAGACAGCAGUCAAAGCAAGACCAACAGUUCUGUGGUGUUAUAAGAAAGAACUGGGAUUUACUAUUAGUGAGAAACACUUACAAGUUAGUUUUCAGGUAUUGAAGUCUGUUUUUGUUCCAUGCUCCUUUUUUUCCAUAUCAUGUCUUGUACAGGAUUUUGAAGCUUUAACACCAAAUCUACUGGCCCGAACUGUUGAGACAGUUGAGGGAGGCGGUUUGAUUGUACUUCUGCUAAGAACAAUGUCAUCUUUGCAACAGCUGUACACAUUGGCCAUGGAUGUACAUUCUCGAUACAGAACAGAGUCUCAUCAAGAUGUCAUUGGAAGAUUUAAUGAAAGAUUCAUAUUGUCGCUGACCUCAAAUAAGAAUUGCAUGGUUAUUGAUGAUCAGUUAAACAUUCUUCCCAUCUCUUCUCAUACUCUAUCAAUAACUGCAUUACCACCAAAAUCAAAGGAAGAAUCUAUGACUGCAAAUGAAAUUGAGCUGAAGAGUUUGAAAGAAUCAUUGCAAGACACACAACCUGUUGGAGGUAUUGUUAACUGUUGCCGCACUCUUGACCAGGCAAAAGCAGUCCUCAAAUUCAUUGAAGCGAUAUCAGAAAAGACCUUAAGAAGCACAGUAACACUAACAGCUGCCCGCGGUCGUGGAAAAUCAGCUGCCUUAGGACUGUCAUUGGCUUCAGCUGUUGCAUUUGGGUACUCAAACAUGUUUGUGACAUCACCAAGUCCAGAAAACUUGCACACUUUGUUUGAGUUUGUUUUCAAAGGAUUUGAUGCCCUGGAAUUCCAGGAACAUCUUGACUAUGAGCUGGUGCAGUCAACCAAUCCAGAAUUCAACAAAGCAGUUGUAAGAGUGAAUAUUUUCAGGGACCAUCGACAAACAAUCCAGUACAUUCACCCAUCAGAUGCCCACAAACUUGGCCAAGCAGAGUUGGUUGUUAUUGAUGAGGCUGCUGCCAUUCCACUGCCUUUGGUUAAAGAUCUCAUGGGGCCAUACCUUGUGUUUCUGUCAUCAACAGUGAAUGGAUAUGAAGGAACAGGCCGAUCUCUCUCCUUAAAACUGAUCCAACAGCUUAGACAACAGAGUGCAACUCAUGGUCCUUCCAGUAAAGGCAACAGUUCCACACCUCUGGGCCGCAGUCUUCAUGAAAUCACUCUGAAUGAGUCCAUUCGUUAUGCACCAGGUGAUGAGGUGGAAAGAUGGUUAAACCAUCUUCUCUGUUUGGAUGCCACUGUGGUACAGAGGCUGUCUAGCGGUUGUCCAUUGCCUGAAAACUGUGAUUUAUAUUACGUCAAUCGGGAUACACUGUUUUCUUAUCACAAAGCGUCUGAAGUCUUCUUGCAAAGGCUCAUGGCUCUUUAUGUAGCUUCGCAUUACAAGAACACUCCAAAUGAUCUACAGUUGUUAUCUGAUGCACCUGCGCAUCACAUCUUCUGCCUGUUAGGUCCAGUUGAUCCUGCUCAGAACACACUUCCAGAGGUGUACUGCGUGUUACAGGUGAGAGCUUGCAAAGCAAGGUACAAUAAAAUACGAAAAAGGACAUGUCACCAACUUGAUUUGCAUCCUUGCCAGGGACUGUGCCAGCCUCUUCAAAAAACCAGCGGUCACAUAAAGUGCGUUCUGAGGUAUUUUCGUUCCGAGUACAGUCUUUUUGUUGUAUUUAAGUGUGUACAGCCUGUUUUCGUACUUAUUGACGUUUUUGAUAAACAAAUUACGGCGGUUGAAAAUAUACGUUCUCUAAGAAGAGAAGUCGUUGUCAGAGGAGAUAAAAAUUGUUUUUUCCGAGCUGUUGCUCUUGGGAGGGAUGAAACAGGCAACGAGAAACACAAGGAGAUCAGUGGGUCGAGUACCAGCAAAAGGGCAUCUGGCGACCUUAUUCCCUGGACGAUAUCGCAGCAAUUUAAUGAUCACGAUUUUGCGGGUCUUUCUGGAGGAAGAAUUGUCAGAAUCGCUACCCAUCCUGACUUUCAAGGGAUGGGUUAUGGUCGACGGGCCAUGAAUCUUCUUAUUCAGUAUUACGAGGGAAAGAUUCCCAGUUUAGCUGAAGAACGCAAAGAAGAUGGACAAAUCUCAACUCUGACUGGAGAUGAGGAUGUUGGCCUACUACAGGAGGUGAUAACUCCUCGCAGUAAUCUACCGCCUCUUUUGUUAAAACUCAGUGAAAGACCAGCCGAACAACUGGAUUAUUUGGGCGUAUCCUACGGCUUGACAACUCAACUCUUAAGAUUUUGGAAGAAAUCCGACUUUGGUCCUGUGUACCUACGCCAGACGCCGAAUGAUUUGACUGGCGAACACUCUUGUAUAAUGUUAAGACGACUCUCCGAUCGAGAAGAAAACUCUGAUGACAACUGGCUGCAAGCCUACAUGACUGAUUUCCGCCGGCGUUUUUUGUCCCUCCUUUCCUAUCAGUUUCGCAACUUUAGACCAUCUCUAGCGCUGAGUAUUCUAAACAACAAGAGUUACAAAGGAAUUAAAGGCUCAGGUUUAACAAAAGGUGAGCUAGAAGCUGUUCUUACAACUUACGAUAUCAAGCGAUUGGAACUUUAUUCGCGGAAUAUGGUGGAUUAUCAUCUGAUCACGGAUUUGCUUCCAGCUGUCUCCAGGUUAUUUUUCCUUCAGAAAAUGGACUUCGAUCUUUCUGCAGUGCAAUCGGCGAUUCUUCUCGGACUUGGACUACAACACAAGACCAUAGAGGCCCUUGAGAAAGAAUUAGAGCUACCAUCAUCUCAGUUACUGGGAUUGUUCAACAGAACUAUGAGAAAAGUUGUUCAGUGUUUUAGCUCUGUUCUCGAGUCAUCCUUCGAUAGUCAAGUCACCAAAGAAAGAGAAGUGGCUAUGGAGCCGUUAGCUCAAGGACUUCAAGAGGAUUUGGAGGAGGCAGCGAAGGAAUUGAAAGAAAAGCAAAAGAAAGAACUGGAAAAACUGAAGAACAUUGAUCUCAGCGAGUUUGCAAUAUCAGGAAAAGAUGAUGAAUGGAACACGGCUCUAAGUAACAAUAAGAACGUCACCAGUGUGAUUAGCGUUGCAAGCACAAAGCGGAAGACACAGCCUUCCAAUGAUCAAAGCAAAUCACAUAAGAAACGCAAGAAGUCCAAACAGAAGCACCACACUGGUUGAAUCUGCUGUCAAGUUAUUAAGCAUGUCAAGCAGUCUAGAAGACUGAGGAUAUGCCAAUUAUUGUCGCUACUUGUUUGAUAAACGUCAGCCUCUACAAGGAUUCGGCUAACACUGAACAGCAACGGCAAGAUGACGGCAACUUUAGAAUUCAUUGACCUGUCGUUAAUUCUCAUCCAAAAUAACGAACAAAAUGAAUAUCAGAAGCGUUAUUGUCUGCUCUCUGAACAGGGGGGAACAAUUGCUAAAAGGCCGUAAAGUGCAAAAAUUUCGUGCACUAAAGGACCAUGGCGGGCUUUACAAUAAAGGACAGAACGUAUGCGCUCACGCCAACAGGAAUUUCCGAGUGUCAACGCAUGCGUAACGCUUACGUUAAUGAAGGGUGCAAAAAGCUCUUUAACUCUCUGAGAGCUAAGCGCAAAGCUUAUUGUAACGGUGUUAUCAUGGUUACAAGUUAUAUCAGGUGGUACGCGCGAUUCAUGACUUGAUGGUGGAAACGAUGAAUUGACCGCCAUCUCCAAUCAAGAAGACCCAAUUUUCGAGCGUUAGUUCUUCGUAAGCGAGAACGUUGUUCUGACACUUAAUUUGGCGAGAUUCUGUACGUUUAUAGGGAGAGUAUUUUUACUUGACCCACUGCCGCACACUUUUUGUUUUGUUACUUAAAUGCUUUACAUUAAAAAAAAGUAAAUAAAGCAAUUUUCUGUUAA